AUGAUUAACGGCGUGCUGGUGGAGAGGACCGUCAAGGAUGUCGUCCCCGCACUUCAGACCAAUGCAGAGGGGUUGAAGAAGCUCCUAGAUGACCUCGUCAAGCAGUACAAGACAAAACAGGAUGAGUUGGAUAAAUGGAAGAAGAAGAACAACGUCCAGGUUGUGCAGUCAUGA